AGGAUCCGCCGUUUCGAGGAAGUCAACAAAACAUGGCCGAUUGGAAUAGAGGUGGUCACGGGGCAGUAGAUGAUGUGCUGGACGCAGAGAACAAGCUGCUGGGGGACAACCUGGCUGCCAAAGUGUCCAGACUGAAAUCUCUGGCUUUCGACAUUGACAAGGAAGCAGAGGAGCAGAACUCAUACUUGGACAGUAUGGAUUCGAACUUUCUGAGUGCCACGGGGCUGCUGACAGGGAGCGUGAAGAGGUUCUCCACUAUGGUGCGCUCGGGCCGAGACAACCGCAAGAUCCUGUGCUACGUCUCCGUGGGCCUGGUGCUGCUCUUCUUUCUGCUCUACUACCUGGUGUCCAGGGCCCAGACGUAAGGAAGGACUGCUGGGAUAAACAGUGCAUCUUAGACAAGGGGAUAUUUAUUUCUUACGUAUGUGGGAUCAGUCGUUUUCUGUGGACACGUGGUCUUUGCUCGUUUUCAUUUUGUUGACUGAAUGGCUGCAUUAAAUCCCUAAGAAAAGGUGUGUUUACCGGGAAGCAGGAGACCUCAGUAUGAGUAAUAUUGGUACUUGGGACUUUUCACUCUUAGAAAGUCGUGAUGAAUGAGCAAGAAUUGUUUUUUUUUUUUUUUCUUUUUGUCUCUCGUGUCCUCCUGAAGUCAUGAGCCCAGUGACUUGAGGACAAAUAUAAACUGGUCUAUAUAGUGGAGCCCUGUUGAUGGUGGUGGUUUUUGCCAUAUGUCCAGGUUCUACUCACUGAUAUGCGUGUUGUUAGAUAAGACCGCCAACAGUACAGAAAGGCGCUUGUGAUAUUAUGACGUUGAUUUAUAAUGCGACAUUUAAGCCAAAGCACUUCAUCCCAGUAAUGAAGAGGUGGAUUCCAUGGUCAUGCAGAUCAUAGACAUAAUGCAGUUUGCUGAACAUCACUACGUUUGUAAAAAGUAGUGACUCAUAUGUAGUGAUCCUCUCUGUACAGAUAGCUAUAAUAUAACUAUAUUUUUAUAUUUAACUCUGGACACACUAUAUAAGGAGUCUUUAACAAUAUUGCAUUUGAAAUUCGGACCCUGUGCAAAUACUGAUUUUCUAGUUGUAACUACUUGUCGAGGAUAUAUAAAGCAAGUUUACCAAAUUACUUGUAUAUUGUAUUUAUGGUACAGAAGACUGGUGGACCAAUUUUUAUAGAUAAGUUCUUUUUUUCCUGUAUGCGUUUGUAAUAUUGUAGCUGGACAUGCACUAACAGUAGUAUUAUAGAGGCUCUCGUCAUGCCACAGGGCAAAGAUUUGCCAACAUGAGCUGUCUGAGGGGAAGUGAUAGAUUGUUUAGAAAGAAAUCCCAUGACUACUAAUUGUUUUGCCUUUUUUCUUUUUUGAACAAGUUACACUGACGUUUCAUAUAAAGACCAAUCAAACCAAAAAUGCAUGCACCACCUCUUUGUUUGGAUGUAAUGCAAUGUCUACCUUUAGUUUUUCUUGUAAUAUGGCAAAAUUAGAAAAUUAGGAGUUUUAUGCCUUGGUUAUUUUUUGACGUAUUUGGUGUGCUGGCUGGCUGGAGAAAUUUGUAGGAUUACAUUGCAAAUGAGCCACAAUUUUAAUAUUGUAUGAGCUCCUGUUUGAGAUGGGCACCACUUUCUUAAGAUUUUUUUUUUCUGGAGCUUUCUGAUUUUGUUGACUGUGUGUUCAAAGGGAUCUUCUAAACCCAUUUUUAUAAAAAAAAAUUAAAUAAAAAAUAAGCAUGUGCUUUCUGCCUAGAAGCACAAGGCAGAUAAGUUUUACUGUAACAAAGUAACAAUGCAAGGCACUAAUGUCUUGUGGGGUUUAAACCCAAACACGAGUGCAGUCUUGGCCAUCAGAGAGUCUGGUUUUUCAAGGUAAUUCCUUUGGAUGUUAUAAUUAAAAUAAAUCUUACAUAAUUUGAGGUCUAAUACCGUGUGUGUUAUUAACAUGAUGCUGGAAUGUGUGCCAUGCAUGUAAACAAUAGAUGAUAUUGUGCUGUUACUUUACGGUGUUUUUAGUACAGUAUUUUACCUGUUCAAGCAGAUUUAUUUAUGUAAGAUAUAGAAAAGCUACACAGUCCUAAAUGUGAGUUCAUGUUUUCCCACUUAAACUUUCUAUACACAUUUGGCUUUAUACCAAUAAUUUUGAAAUGCUUUUUUGAAAAACCUAGUCUAGAAAACUGAAUGACUUUCAGCAUGUCAAAUGGCCGUUAGAGGGGGUUGGUUGACCUUCCUUUUCACUGCCAUCAUUUCUUUUGUAUUAGUUCAUUUAGUUGAUGCUUCACUCCAAAGCAACUUA